UGGAUGAGUUGGACCUGCUGAAGUACAACACAUCAGAGCGGGGACGACUGAGACUGAUUCCAGCUGUGAGGAACUGCAGAAAGGCUGGAUCCUACCUGCCGGAUCUUCUUUUCAUUGAUGUUGUUGUUAUGACUGGUGAAGCCGAGCUGUUGAUUACCUGGCUUCUGUAAAGGCACGGUUAUUGUACUGGUGUUAGCUUAUGCUUGUACAAUAAAGCUUAUAAAAGGCAGCAAUCCGAUGUCAGAGCCUGAGUACGACACAGUUUCAUCAGUCAAAACACACCCUUACGGUGGGAGUUUAUUAAAUUAAAGGUAGUUAGCUUAGUAAAAACCGUACAGUAAUCAACACUUAGCCAGUCCCUGCGACGGAGAAGCGGAGGAGGGUCUGUGUCGACUACGGAGAAUCCAGCGAUUAGACGGAGCCCGGCCGAUCGUCACGGCCGAUCGACCUGACUUCGUUCUCAAAACACCGUCAAGCCCUCGUACGUGAGAGACUGUGUGUGGAUUUCUUUGCUGGGACUAUUAGGGCGCUGGCAUAGGAUAAGCCAGCCGCCGAAAACAAACUUUUAUUUCAGUUACUAGCCGCUAAGCGACCGGAAGUGGCUCGCCGCCAUCUUUGUUGAGGGCGAAGAAAUAACGCCAGUAAUAAACGAGGAGAAAAGUCAUGGCAUGGCAUGCCGAGAAGAAUUAAAGAAAAGGCGGUCCUCUGCGCAGGCAGUUUUUACUAGGAAGGCCAAUUCCAUUGUUUUUAACAUUGACCUUCUGACUGAACAUGACCUAAUGUCUGAAUGUAGGACACUCAAAGACAGUUAUAAUGAGGUUUGUCAUAGCAGCUUUGAUUACAUUGCUGCUAUGGAAGAAGGAGAUGCAAGUGGGUUUGCAGCAGAAAUAGCUGAAGUGGAGAAGAAGCUGCAGGACUGCCGCUCAAAAUACCAGACCACAGAAAUGAAACUAAAGGAAGCAUCAUGGUCCCGUUGUGCAUCAGGUCAGUUUGACAAUCUAAGAGUUGACCUAAAAGAUGCGAUUAGCCAGGUGGAGGCGCUCAAAACAGGUCAAACAAAACAGGAUCAGUUUGAUUCAAUGCUCACUGCUGUGGAAGGCAGAGAGGAAGCUCUAAGUGAGUUUGUGCUUAAGUGGGAUCGUUAUGUUCCAGAGAAAGAGGUGAAUGUUAUGCGAGCUUGUCUCAAAGAGCUCAAGGAAAGGAGGAGAGUAACUAUGGUGGUGCUGGCUACCGCCCUGGAUGGGAGAAAGAGAUCUGGGUGUGGCGACCUUAGGAGCCGGACUAGUAGUGAAGGUGAAGGCAGUGAUGAAGGUGGCGCUGACGGUGGAGUGACGACCAGCACUAGCAAGCCCGGUGGGCCCGCUGCGACCGGUGGAGAAGAUGGCCCAGCGCAUGGCGAUGGUGCGCUAGAUGCUGACGUGAACCCUGCUGCAUACCAAAGUGCCGCAGUGGACAGUAAUAACCAAGUCGUUGAUGCAGGUGGUCCCGAUGGAGCACGAGCUGCAAGUCCUUCCACUGUAACCCUUCAAGCGCCACCACAGGGACCACUAUCCCAGAGACUCGUCAGUCCUGUGUGCAACCCUGGCCUUUCAAGCACGCCACAGCAGCUUCGAGGAAUACAUGGUGUGAAACCCGAUGGCGCUGGGGCAGGACAGAGCACGUCGACCGUCUCUCAAGGAUCGCUCAGAACGAGGAUCGCGCUCGCACCGCUGAGCCUACCUAAGUUCUUUGGGGACAGGAGGAGCUACUGGCGCUGGAAGAGUAACUGGGAGACCCUCCAAGCGUUAGCGGAACCCACAGGUUCCCCAGAGUGCAGACUCUUCCACCUGAUGGACAGUAUUGCUGAUCCAGUAAAAUGUGAACUUAGGCUGUCUCACUGCCGUACUGCGAGCGAGGUUUUCCGGGUUUUAGAGGACUGUUAUGGUGACGUAUCACAGAUAGCAGACGACAUCGUGCUUGAACUACAGGAGUUACCAGGCGUGCGCAACAACAAACCCAGAGAGGUUUUACAGUUGAUCCAAGCUGUGGAGAGGGCGCUGUUGGACCUAAUAGACCUAGGUUGUGAAGAUGCCAUAAAAAAUCAGUUAGUAAUCCGCUCACUUGAGAGUAAGUUGCCGGACAGUAUGAAGGAAAGGUGGCUUUUGUACCGAUGUGAUCCUGUCAACAAUGUCAGUCCACAGAACCGGUUUGAUAAGCUAUGGCAGUUCCUGAAAGAUCAGAAGACAGUCCUGGUGCAACUGGAGCAGUUGCAAUCCAUCAGACAGUCUAAUACUGCCAGGGCAGCUGAUCCGAGCCCCCGUGAGAAACCAAAGGAGAGACCAGAUCGGAGGAUGGAGAGGCGUUAGUUCACCAAGGCUACUGCAAGCGAGACGAGAGGUGAGCUGUCACAGAAUCCUUGCUGUUUGUGUGGCGAAGAGGGUCAUACAGGGCGUUUAUACCGCUGUAAGACGUUUAAAAGGGCCAACCCGUCAGAGCGGAGAGCUUACGUGAAAAGGACCACGGUAUGUCCCAGGUGUCUGGACUCCCAUGGGAGUGAAGACCCGUGUACUAAAAACUUUCUAUGUCGUAAUGAGGAAUGCAGAAGGGGUGAUGCCUCAUCGGAUCACCAUUUCUUCCUGUGUCUUAAAACCCCAACUAGGAAAGAUUCAGCUAGGCAAGGGACCAAAGGGGGGAAAAGGAGAGAACCCCGUGGCCCAACGGAAGAGCAAGAGGCUGUGUUUGCUGGUCUAGGUCUGUCCCCGGAGCAGUUGGAGGCUGUUCGAAAGGCUUGCACAAACAAAGUGACUUCAAAGUUGUGUGCUAGCAGAGGCUCGGAAGAUGAGAAUUGUCUGAAGGAGCUCCCGGUCCUCAUGAUGUUGUUGGAUGUCACUACCAAGAGGGGAGACUGGAUUGGAGCACUCAUCGAUUUAGCCUCUGACACGAACCACAUCACCCACCAGGCAGUGGACAGGCUUGGCCUGACUGGUGAGCCAAUCACCUUAGUUGUUCAUGGUGUUGGUGGCAUGGAGGCAAAAGUAGAGACAAAGAGAUACCUGGUGAGCAUAAACGUAGCCACAAAGAAGGGGACAUGGCGACUCCAUGAGAUGGUUUGCUAUGGGUUAGAAGAGAUCGCCAAUGUGGGUCACGUCGUGGACUCAGAGCGCCUGGAGAAGUUCUUCCCAGGCUCCGUCGAGCCGGGGGAACUGAUCCGCCCUGAAAAGAUUGAGCUACUCAUCAGCAUCCGAGAGGGUCGUCUAGCCCCCCAGAGAAUGAUGAGGUGCGGUGACUUGGUUCUGUGGGAUGGUCCGUUAGGGAAAACCAUCAGUGGCGCACACCCAGAUCUGUUGGAAGAUGUGGAGGUGACUGCACGUUUCUCAUCAACCCAUUUCGCGUGCUCCAUGAAGACAGGGUCUCAGAGAGUUGCGGCCCUUCGUAACUGUUACCCGAAACCAAAGAACAGCGUAGAGGUCGGUACCACGAAUACAUCCAACGCUGAGGUCAUCAAAUGGUUACAGUGGGACAGUAUUGGUGCCACCUGUGACCCCGUGUGCGGCGGUUGCCGCUGCGGGAAGUGCGCCCCUGGAGGGAAGGAAAUGUCACUUGCUGAUGAAAGAGAGUUGGAGAUCAUCAGAGGAGGUUUGACCUUCAAGCUAAGUGACAAUCAUAGUGACAAGCCCCAUUGGGAUGCUAAAUAUCCCUGGAAAGAAGACCCUGCCACCCUGCCUAACAACCGCAAAGCUGUGGAGGCGACUUUCCUGAAGUCAGAGAAGCGCCUCGAGAAAGAUCCGCUAUGGAAGGCAGCUUAUGCUAAGCAGGUGUGUGACAUGCUUGCAAGGGGGGCUGCUAUCCAGCUUUCCCAAACAGUGUUGGACAAGUGGAAAGGAGCCGUGUGGUGGAUAAACCAUUUGAUGGCGCCCAACCCACACUCCAACACCAUGCCGGUGAGGCUCGUUUGGGACAGCAGCCAGGUGUACAGAGGUGUUAGUUUGAACAGCAUCUUGAUGAAGGGCCCAGAUGUUCUGAAUCCCAUUAGGGCAGUGCUGCUCCAUUUCCGAGAGGGAGAGCAUGCGGCGAUAGGGGAUGUCUCCAAAAUGUAUAACUCUGUGUGGCUGGAGGACCAAGAGGUGCAUGUUCACCGCUUCUUGUGGAGGCAUUCCCCGGAGGAGGACAUCAAGGAUUAUGCUGUAGUGCGUGUGAACAUGGGUGACAAGCCUGCAGGUUGUAUCGCCCAGGUUGCCAUGCGAGAGACUGCCCUCCUGCCACAGUUUGUUAACAGGGUGGAAGAAAGACGUGUCAUUGAAGAGGAUACUUACGUGGACGACAUCCUUGUGUCCCACAACGACCCUGAGAGACUGAGCGAGAUCCUGGAGGGGGUUGAAACCAUUCUCAAGUAUGGGGGGUUUUACCUCAAGCCUUGGGUGUGGUCUGGCUUUAGUGGGAGGCAAGGUGCUGUUCCUGCCGAACCUGAAACCAUCAUGUUGCCCAACCAGCUGCGGAGCGAGGACAACGAGGCGUUGGGUUUGGGUUAUCUCGUGGAAGAAGACAAGCUCUUCCUCAUGGUGGCUAUUAACUUCUCCACGAGAAAGAAAAAGAUGCGUACUCAAGUAGACCUCACUGAGGAGAACAUAGGGGAGAAGACGCCGAAUCCCCUCACUCGUCGUAUGCUGCUGAGUCAGGUAGCAGGGCUCUACGACCCCCUUGGUCUGGCGACGCCCCUGAAACAGAAAGGUGUCAUUCUUGUCAGAAGAGCCUUUCAGGAGGCCGGGAUACUGACUAAGGACACGUGGGAUAAGCCGCUGUCUAGUGAACUACGUGGGAGAGCGAUUAAGCUCUUUGAGGAGUACGCGCGGCUGAGUACCAUCACCUUUCCCAGGAGUAUUACGCCAUCCGGCUGGGUGGGUAAACCCUGGGGAAUUACAUUCUCUGAUGGGAGUUGUGAUUCAUACGGAGCGGUCCUUUACCUGCGCUGGGAGACUUCUGAAGGGGUCAGGACUCGGCUCGUGGAGUCCAAGGCCAAAUUGACUCCAAUCGAACAAAAGGGAGAUGCUGUCAAGGCAGAGAUUUGUGGAGCUGUGUUUGCCACCCGCCUGAAAGGUUACUUUGUGAAGUACAGUCGGUUAGAAAUAGAUCGUUGGUACCAUUUCCUGGACAGUCAGACUGUGUUAGGCGCCAUCCAACGAGAGAGUUACGGGUUCCAGACCUUCUUUGCCAAUCGAGUGGGCGAGAUACAGAAGGCCGGGCCUGUCACUGACUGGUGGUGGCUUCCUGGCCAGUUCAACGUGGCUGACCUGGUCACAAGAGGAUGUUCCCCUGAGCAGCUUAGUGAGGACUCUUCAUGGCAGACCGGUCCCAUGUUCCUGACCAAGCCAAUAGAGGAAUGGCCCAUAAAGUCGGCUGCAGAGGUGGCCUCUGGGACUAGAGAAGUCAUCAGUCGACUCCAAAGAAAGGCUUUUUCUGCCAUCUUAACAAGGUCGCAGGAAAUGGCGCAGACUACUCCAGAGAUGGUUUUGAUAGUGUCAACGCAGUGGUCGGCGGUCGAUGUUUGCAGGAUCAAGGAGUACUGGGGUUCAGCCUUGAUAAAUCAAGUAGAUCUUUCACGGUUCAAUUGUCUAGCCAAGCUCUGUGGGGUCAUAGCUUAUGUCCGCAGAGCCUUGCGCUUUUGGUUGUCUGGCAGGGGUCAAACUGCUGUAGGAUUAAAGUGGGAGGCAGUGCCCACGGCCCAGGAGCAUGAAGAGGCGUUUCAGGACUUAUGUCUCUCCGCCCAAGCAGGUGUGACUUUCCCUACGACGACGCUCAACCGCCUGGUUGUGCGUAACGAUAAAACAACGGGGCUCUUGAUGUGCCAUGGCCGGAUUCAAUCCGUUGAGGAGGAGAGGUCCGGGGUCCCUUUGAUCCCCUACAAGUGUCGGUUAAGCUCUCUCCUCGCUGAGGAUGCCCAUUAUGUCAACCAUGAAGGUGUUUCUGCCACCCUUCUUCGGAUGAGGAAGAGGGGCUGGGUAGUUCAAGGUCCCAGGAUCGUACGGAAGGUGAUUGAUUCGUGCAUAAGUUGCAGAAAGUGCAGAGCCAAGCUAAGCACUCAGGUGAUGAGUGAUCAUCCUCCCAUGCGCACUACGCCAGCAGCCCCUUUCGAGUACACUACUUUGGACUUGUUUGGUCCGUAUUUUGUCAGAGACUCAGUAAGGCGACGAGUGAAGAAGAAAGUUUGGGGCGUGGUUUUUAGUUGUAUGGCCUCAAGAGCAGUUCACGCAGACGUAGUUGAAGAUUUGUCGAUUGAGGGCUUUCUGAAGGCUUACCAGCGGUUUACUGCUUUGAGGGGUCACCCCAAGAAACUCUGGUCUGACCAGGGGACCAAUUUUGUGGGAGCUAAACCUGCACUGAAGGAGCUCUAUGAUUUCCUUGGUAGUAUCGACAAAGAAGAGAUCCAGAGAAGGGCAGCUGUGGUUGGGUCUGACUGGAUGUGGGAGUUUAGUCCAGCAGACUCCCCUCAUCGGAAUGGAGCGGCGGAAGCAGCUGUUCACGUGUUGAAGAGGGCAUUGAGCAACAUUUUUGAGGAGGGGAACUUGACUGUUCUGGAAUUCCAAACCCUCCUCUAUUUGGCAGCCAACCUCACCAAUGAGAGGCCUAUCGGGGCCAGAGCUCAAGUUCAGGAAGAAACUGUAGAUGUUGUGACACCAAACUCUUUGUUGUUGGGUCGGGCAGGGCCCAGGGGUGACAACAUGGGGUUCGAGUUCCCUGCCUACCCAUUCAGCCAUCUGCAAGCAGUCCAGGUGGAAGUGGACAAGUUUUGGAGGCGCUGGAGCCAGUUGGCCGGGCCGCACCUGUUUGUUCGGCAAAAAUGGCAUGCCCCGGCGAGAAAUGUCUCUGUUGGGGACCUUGUUUGGGUGGCAGAUCAGAAUGCCCUUAGAGGCCGCUUCAAGCUGGGCCGUGUGGAGGAGGCAGAAGCAGAUGACCGGGGUGUUGUUCGGGACGUCAAAGUAAGGAUUUGUUGUAGUCGUCCCAUCAACUGGUCCCAGGCAAGGAAGGACAGGGAACCAUGUCAUUCCACCAUUCUCCACAGGGACGUAAGGAGGUUGGUGGUGUUACUGCCAGUAGAGGAGCAAGAGGGACGUGGUUCAUCCCCCUGA